CCUAGUUUGCGUAGAGAGGCGUGUGCUUGCGAUCGUGUCCUUAUGGAUAGAGCAUCGAGUUGUUGUUCUGGGAGCCAGAGGUUUGAGCCCACCAUCGGACACUUGAUAUUCCUUUUAAUUGAAGAGGAAACUAUGUGAGACAUGCCUACCUAUCUACUGCAAAAUGCCUGGUAUGAGCCAAAGAAUUCUUUACAUUAAAAAGCAAAAUCAACACAGUUCUUUGCAGUGCCUGAGCACAAGAAACGUGAGAAAAGUGGACUGUAAGUGAUGCUAAGCUACAACUGUCUAUUGAAAGCCAAAGUUCAAGGCAAAAGUAACUUGAAUACCUACCUCCCCUCUCUUUCAUUUCAAACAUUCUCUCACAAUUUGGUGCAGCUGCCAUGAAACACGCACCACUGACAACACUUGACAUCAAGCAUUUCUUGGAGCUUUUCUUCCUGUCAGCUGCAUCUGUGCUAAGACACGUCACUAAUUCUAUAACUCUGUGUCUUUCCUCUGUUUUUGUAGGAUAAUUCAGAAUUACAUAACCAGAGAGGAGGCUGGUGCAUUGGUUCCCACCAGCAUGGACUGCAACAAGGCUGAGAUCUCUAAAAAAGGAGGCAUCAUGGCAUCCGUGUACAACAGCCACGCCGUGGACACAACCAUGACUCUGGAGCUGUCCCUUGAAAUCAACCAAAAGCUCCAGGCAGUCCUUGAAGACACAUUACUGAAAAACAUCACCCUUAAGGAGAACAUCAACACCCUUGGGGAGGAGAUCGCACGGCUGAGCAAGGACCAUCGCCUUGUUGGUGCAACACAGUGCCGGCGGAAGUAAAGGGAAUAACUGCAUGUUACACCCACUGGCUCCCUUGAGUCAGGGUGAGGCUGCAGGAAUCGGCUCUUUUGUACAUAGUCUAGUUAGGCAGUGUUCAUUUCCACUCUGCCACCUUGCAACAUUGAGGCUAUGAAUCCAAACUAGCCUUCUAGGCUUUAGUGCACAGUAGCAUGUGAAUGUUCGGGUAUUAAGUUCAAGCAAUGGCAAUAUUGCCAUUCUAUUUUGUUGUCAACUUUCACUGUACAUUGUCACAUCUUUGUGCCACGUGCCUUGUAGAAUGUGUCUGCAAUGAGGCACAAACUGGCCAGCUUGUGCAGAACUCCACAACCGUGCUUAUAACAUUCAUUGUUCUUGCAGUAGGCAACUUCAUUUAAGACUUGCUCCUGUGCUGAGCUUUAUCAACCGAAUCACAUGUUGACUUUCUUGACAUUAUCUUGUAUUGUGCAUGCUGACGAGUCAUUUGUGCUUUUCCCUACAGGAGAAGGAACAUGUUCAUGUGUCCACUGAUGCAUUGCAACUGGUAUGAACACUCAUAAAUGUUCAGAACAUCUUUGCAGUUGUGGUGCUGAGGGGAGUGUGUGCAAGCGCCUUUGAACAGGACUGUUCCUUAUAUUUGGUUUGGUUGGAGUGACACCUACUCUCUUCAUUCAGUGCAAAUUAGAUACAGCUUGCUAGACUUCCAUUCAGCAUAUUCACAUCUUUUCAAGAGCUUGUUUUUUGAUGCAUCUAUACCUCUGUUGGCAGUGUUAGCUCUAUACUGCACACUUUUAUCAUUGCAUAAUCGCUCACUAAAAGUUUUUAUAUAUGUAUACUAAAGAUAUACUAUAUACGUGUGUAUAUAUAUGUAUAGAACAUAUAGCAUACUUUAUUAAGCAAAUUAUUGAAAUCAAUUUAAUGAGAGUGGAUGACUAGGAAAGGACUAAUAUGAGCUCUGUAAAUGGUGUGUGUCGUGCCAUCUAGUAAAUAUAGACUUGAUCCAUGCUUAAAAAUGCAGCCCGUCAUGCUUGAAUUGUGUUACCAGUCGUUGACAAGCUUAAAUACAGGUACUCUGGAUACGCAUUUGGCAUUUCUCUCUCAUGUACUUCUGAACAACAAAGUUGUGAAUGUUUAUAUGAAGUAUAGAUGCUUAUCAAGCAUACUCUCUGCAACACUAUCCAAGCACAAUUUUAUUGUAGAACAAUGCAUCUGACUUUACUGCAUUUCUUCAUUCUGUUACUUCCGUACUAAUGGCUGUUUUCUUAUUUGUUAAUACCACUGGUCAGAAUAGCAAAGAUGACGUGUUGUGCUUCCUUUGCCACUGGGAUUAUCAUAUUUGUGUAUUUUGUUAUGCGGAAGCCUGUGUGAUGCCCUGGUAGCUUUGUGCUGAACUUGGGAUGCUGUUCACUGAUUUGCUGUCAUGCUUUCUUUUAGGUACUUGUCAUGUAUCAGAUUUGCUUUGUCCAUGCCUAGUUUAGCUGGUCGCUUUCUGUACUUUGCAUGACAGGAAUAAAUGAAGUUCUAAGGGUA